AUGUACGACGUCGUCCUCUCCAUCUACGAGUACCGUGAAUCCGAGUAUGCGCAGUCCCGCGUUCCCGAUUUCUUUGGCCACGAUCCGUCGAGGCUGUUCCACCGUAGCGUCAACAAGCGAAACGUCCCUGAUUAUUACGAUGUCAUCAAGGAGCCCAUGGCGCUCAGCAUCUUGAAACAGAAGAUCCGAAGUCGAUCGUACAAGACGUUUGCGGAAUUCGUCAGGGAUUGCGCUUUGGCAACUUUCUCUGCCGGACAGAUCUCGCACAAUGCUCAGACAUACAAUCGACCGAGGUCGCAGGCAUAUGAAGAUGCCCUCGUGAUAAAGGACGUGUUUGUUUCCGAGUUCCAAAAACUUGCUGAUCAAGGAGUGAUUUCCGCGGACACUGCAGAGCUGCCGGAUUUAGGCGAGAUUCCCGACGCAGACCCGCUCCCAGUUGAGGAAGAAGAAGAUGAAGAAGAGGAUGACGAGGAUGACGAAGAUGCUGAUGACUCCGAAGAAGAGGGGAGUCGUCGUAGACGCAAGCGGCUUCGGCGCGGAAGCUCGUCGAAACGGGGAGGCAACAAGGACGACCUACGCAAGAGCACAGAUCCAGCCACACGCAAAAAGAGAGGCCGUCCUCCUCGAGUUGAUACCCCCAUGGAAGCAAGAAUAAAAGCCGUACUCAAGGGAAUUCGGAAGCCUAGAGAUGAGGGAGGCUUGAAGAUUCGCCAUUUCGAAAAGUUGCCCGAUAAGGCUGUGUACCCCGAUUACUAUACCGAGAUCAGCGAACCCAUGGCCGUGGACCUUAUUAAACGGAAAUCUAAAAGAAAGAAGUACAACUCGGUUGACCACUUCAUGAGAGACAUUGAUCUCAUGUUCAACAAUGCCAAGUCUUAUAAUCAGCCAGACAGCCAACUAUACCACGAUGCUGACGAUCUGCAAGCCGAAGCUCAUCGACUGGCCGAGCAAGAAAAGAAGAAGCCGGAUAGCGAAUAUCUCAUGGAGGAUGGACGGCUUCCGCUUCCUAACGGGAUCUCAUACAAAAACGAGAUUUGGAGAGUCGGUGACUGGGUCCAUAUUCAAAAUCCCAAUGAUGACAACAAGCCUAUUAUUGCCCAGAUUUAUCGCACCUGGCAGGAUGCAGAUGACCAAAAAUGGGUAAAUGCUUGUUGGUAUUAUCGACCAGAACAGACCGUUCACCAUGUUGAGAAGCACUUCUUGCCCAAUGAAGUCAUGAAGACUGGCCAGUACCGAGACCACCGCAUCGAAGAAGUCGUGGAUAGGUGCUUUGUGAUGUUCUUUACGCGUUACAACCGCGGCCGACCACGAGGAUUUCCACCGGAGAAACAAGUUUAUGUAUGCGAGGCUCGCUAUAAUGAGGAAAAGCACAAGUUGAACAAAAUUAAGACUUGGGCCAGCUGUCUCCCCGACGAAGUGAGGGAGAAAGACUAUGAAAUGGACUUGUUUGACGGACCAAGAAAGAUUAGGAAAAUCCCUAGCCCGAUCAAACAUCUCUUGCCGGCGGAUGCCAAAGAGACAGACGAUUUGCCCAAACCAACUUGGGGCGCUGAAAACGCGCCGCCGAUUAUUGGAGCUGUCCAUUGCCGACCCCGUGAUGAAAAUGAAUCUCCUCCCCCUGAGCCGACUCCUCCACCUCCACCGCAGCCAGUAAUUCAACGACAGCAAAGUUUACCAUCCAGACCAAUGUCUGCGAAUCAGCCAUCCCCUCACACAAAUCUUGACGCGAGACGCGAUCCUCGGCUAGGCUCUACCAAUUUCGCACCAGUGCCAUCGCCAUCACCACUUCAAGCCCCUCACAUACAGCCUGCGACGCAAACGCCGAUCAUGCCUUCAAGAGCCAGGCAACCUUUCCAGGCUCAGACUCCUGUUGCGCCGUUAUUCCAGCAGGCGCCGCCUGCCCAGGCGCCGCCUGCCCAGGCCCCGCAAGUUCCCCUUGGGCAACCCGCAUACCCGCAACCUCCGCAUCAACCUUACCCUAUGCCGCAGAAUUACCCGGCGUAUAUGACAAGCCGCCCUCAACAGAGCCCAAUGCCGAUUCCUCUUGCUCCCAAUCCAAACGCGCCAAAGCCUCCUGAGUUUAUCACUUUAUCCGAGGAGAAGAACAAUGCAAUCCCUCCAGAAAUACGGUCACAGCUUCAGUGCGAUGACAAGGGACGAGUACUUUUCUGGAGCACCCCGCCACUUAAUAUAGUAGAAGACCAGCCAGCUACCCUCCAACACACCCCCGAGUACCUCGCCGCGAGGGCAAGGCGUCAAAAGGUCAUUGAUCGGGUACGCAAGGAGAUCCUUGACAAGCAAAAGGCCCGCGCCGAAGCGGAAAGUCACCAACCUGCAACGGAAGAAGCAAAAGGGGUGGCUCAAGAAGCGGACCGAGAAAUCAAAAAUGAAGAUACGCAGCCUGCCAAGCCAGUGGAAACUUUUUCUGGAGAAAUCGAAAGGGAGUACUACCAGCGACAGGAAAGGCAGAUUGAGAUUGCCAAGGCUUUUGUUGCAGGCCGUACCAAAAGCAAAGAGGAGGCCGAGGCCGUACUUUCAAACGUGAGCAAACAUGCAAAGGGGGGCAUGUUCGACACGAAGACCCUUCCUCGACGCCAAAGACACUUUCCUGUGAAAGACCAUUGGUCUUACCUGACGGAGCCCUCCAAAAAGAGGACUUGA